AUGGUCCUGCUGCGCCGCCACCAGACGCCGGAGCCGCGCAUGUUUGAGCCGCUGCUGCGCGCCGCGGCCGCCGCGGGCUUCUCCCUGGACGUGUCCAGCAGCCGGGCGCUGGCGGACAGCCUGGACGGCGCCGUGAGGGGGGAUGACUCAUACUUCAACAAGCUGGUCAGGAUCAUGGCCACGCGGUGCAUGACGCAGGCCGCCUACUUUGGCAGCGGUGACGUGGCCCCGGCGGAGUACCACCACUACGGCCUGGCCUCACCCAUCUACACUCACUUCACCAGCCCCAUCAGGCGCUAUGCGGACGUGGUCGUGCACCGCCUGCUGGGGGCGCUGCUGGGCCUGGCCCCCCUGCCGGACGCUGUGCGCGACAGGGAGGCGCUGCGCUCCUGCGCGGACAACCUCAACGCGCGCCACCGCAACGCGCAGAUGGCGGGCCGCGCGAGCGUGGAGCUGCACACGCUGAUAUUCUUCAGGAACAGGGAGGUGGUGGCAGACGCGCGCGUCACAAAGGUCAAGGCCAACGGCCUGAUCGUGUUUGUGCCCCGCUAUGGUAUCGAAGGCCCCGUCUACCUCACGCCCAAAGACGGCGGCAAGGACCAGCAGCAGCAGCAGCAGCAGCAGCAGCAGCAGCAGCAGCAGCAGCAGCAGCAGCAGCAGCAGCAGCAGCAGCAGCAGCAACAGCAGCAGGGGCAGCAGCAGCAGCAGUUCGUGCUGGACGAAGAGCGGCAGGUGGUGACGUCAGCGGACGGGAAGCUGCGCUUCGCUGUGUUUGACAAGUGCGCGGUCAGGAUCCAGGUCGAGGAGGGCGCGGGGCACAGGCGGGCGCUGGUGCUGGGGAUGGUGCCGCGGGACCAGCUGGCGGCGGCGGAGGUCAUGGCGUGA